UUGUUCUAUUUUCUCUUGGUCCUGGCGGAUCUGUGGCUGUGUGCUUCUUCCAUUUUAUUAUUUCCAAAAUUUCAGCUUGGAAUUUGCAGGCUUCCAACUUCCAAACAAUCAAAACCUUCUCUCCUCAAAUCCUUUUUUCCGCAACUCAACGCAUCUGAGUUUUGAGAGCAGAGGAGACACAAAAACUAGAGAGAACAAGAGUUAUUCUCGAUUUCAUGGCGACCCCCGAAGUUCUGCAAAGAGAGGAAGACCUUCUCUUGUCCAUCUUUGACCAACCGAAAGGGAAGGCUAAUUCUCGUGGAAAGUUAAUUGAGAAAAAGAUUGAGCUUCUGGAGAGCUUGGCUGGAAGGGUUAGCAAUCGGAGAUCUCGCAGAUGGUUAAAUGAUCGUCUGUUGAUUGAGCUUGUUCCCCGUUUGAAUGCAGAAGAAAUUAGAGGCCUCUUUGCUCCACCACCAUGGGGUGAUAAUGUGCCGUUGUCACCAUUUUGCAUGACAAAUGUGGGAGACUGGGACACUUUCAGGAACAUUGACAUGGAUAAAGAGGCUUGCAUGAUCAAAGCCUUGAAAGGUUGUCCAACAAAGAGUAAAGCUCAUGUUGAUGCUGAUAAGAUGGCUGUACUGAAUGCGUGGCAAAGAGUAGAUUUUCGAACAAGAGAGGCACUUAGGCGCAGCUUCCUUUCAGAACUUAUUGAGAGCUAUGAGGAAUGUAUACGGACAUUUAUCAAGGACAGUGGAGAUGGAGAUGAGCUUGUGCUACACGUUCAAGACCCCUUUCAUAGAUUGCUUUUACAUGGCGUCUGUGAGUUCUAUGGCUUGGUCUCGGUGACUGCUACCAGAUUAGAAGAUGGAAACGCUUUGAAGAUGACGAGGAUUAAGAAGAAGAAAUCUGGUUCUGUAGAGCUCCCGAACAUCACUCUAUCUCAUUUCUUGAAAAUGUCCAAGGCUGGAAUCUGGUAACUGCGUUGCCCUUAGGAUGGGGUGACCUUGUAUUGUAAACUAAGAUCAUGCAUUGAUGUGUUUAUUUGUUUUGGAAGCGAAAAUACAUUUCUGUUUCAGCCCACUUCGUAUAGUACGUUGAUGAGGCUAUUCUGCAUUGCUACCGAACCGAAAGGUACUGAAUGCUGUUUUAUCUAACCCUAUGUUGGUUGUCCCUAGGUUCAAAAAUAAUUGAAACAUUCAUGGGGUCAUGUCAUACGAGAUUGGAGGGUUUUCUAACGAUGUGAGUGUUGGCUGGGCAUUCUGCAUAUUUGUAGGUGAUGUGGAUUUAGCCAAAUUUGGGUUGCUAUCCCUCCUAAAAGUUGCUUUUGUGUUUUUGUGUAAAUGCGAAUCAACAUAAAACUCUACCAUCGAUUUGCAUGGACACGUGUUUAUUUUCAGUGUAAAAGUGGAUCAGUGUAAAACUUCA